AUGUUCAGCCCACGACAAAUUAUCAGAAACAACGAGACCCAAUAUUUUGGCACUGGUUUUCCUUUCAAUGGAAAUGACGAUGGAAAUGGAAAUGACGAUAAUGACGAUGGGGACGUUGGAGAGGCGGGCUGCAGGUUUUCAUAUCAAUGCGAGGGCGGGUCGGUGUGCAACGAUGGCGUCUGCAUAUGCCCCACAGGUUUUGAGAUCAACAGCAGGUACCCUAACAAGUGUGUCAGUAAGAAAGAUCAAUCACGUGUCAAGAUACGUCACUUCCGCUUUUAUGAACCACUUCCGCUUGUGCACGCUCACGUGUUUGAGUAG